AUGUCAGCCAGCGAAUACGUUCUAUGCGCCGACGGCGGGGCCGUAGCAGCAGCCGUGCCAGUUCUCUCCAGCUACUCACAUCUCGUAGUAGACUGUGAGGGAGACCAGCUCGGCUGUAAUGGCGGGCGUCUGUCUCUUCUGACGAUAUCGCCCAUCCGAUCCGCUUCCGACCAUGUACCCGCCUACAUAUUCGACCUCCUCAGGGUGAAGAAGAAGAAUAUGCGGCGGGUAUUUGAUCUCAGAAAUGCAUCCCGUGUGAAGAUAUUCUUUGAUGGAAGGAUGGACUAUAGUGCGCUCUGGCAUGAGUAUGGCGUCCCCAUAGUUGGUGUCAUCGAUCUCCAACUCGCAGAUUUGUAUUCCCGUCAGAAGCGUAGGGAGACAGAUUCUAAGCGGUUAGAGCGCCUUCGUGCGUAUCUUCCGCAAAGCAUGAUCACAAAAAAUCUACACGAGUGUCGAGCACUCACUCGCAUGUCGAGUCUGGCAAGCUGCGUUCAAGAACAUUUGCAAACCAAUGAGAGUAAAGGCAGUGUCGACCAUAAGAGAUGGCUCGAACGACCAUUAUCCUCAGAACAACUCGGUUACGCCGCCCAGGAUGUACUUCUCAUAGGAAGAAUCUACGAGCACUUCAAAGCCCAAAAUUACCUCGCAGAAAACCUCCCAGAGCAGAGCGAGCAGUACAUCACUUUCUGGAAAGGCGGAAAAGCGGACAAAGACCGGUAUUUCAACUCUCACUGCCUGCUACCUUUGGACAUCAUUGACUAUGAUGCGAGAAGGCCCACAAAGAGGUGUGAUGGGUGCGAACGACUUUUAUCCGUCCAUUGUUUCCCCCGAAAAACCACCAGCUCAGAGGAAAUUUAUUGUUGGGUAUGCAACGCCAUUCUGCGGAAGAAGGCGUACGAAAAACGAAACUAUAUCAACUCAAAGCGUGGUGGUAGACGGGGCCGUCGGCGUUGA